AUGAAGCUGCCGAGUUUCAUGGUUCUUUUGGGAAUAUCUCUACAUAAUGUGACGGCAGUUAUUCACUCCCUGAAGUAUCUCUACACGGCAUCGUCUCAAGUCCCAAACUUCCCAGAGUUUGUGGCUGUUGGUUUGGUUGACGAUGCCCAGAUAAUUUACUAUGACAGCAACACCCAGAAAGCAGUGCGUAAACAGGACUGGAUGAAUGAUGCCGUAGAUCCAGAGUUCUGGGAGAGAGAGACUGGCAAGUUUCAGGGUCUCCAGCAGGAGAUCAAAGUCGAAAUUGAAAUUGCAAAGCAGCGUUUUGGCCAAACUGGAGGUGUUCACAUUAUGCAGUUAAUGUACGGCUGUGAAUGGGAUGAUGAGACUGAAGAGGUUACUGGCUUUAAACAGUAUGGCUAUGAUGGGGAAGACUGGCUAAUAUUGGACAUGAAGACAAACACCUGGAUUGCUUCAAAACAACAGGCUGAAAUUACUACAAACCAGUGGAACAAUAACAGAGCUGAGCUGGAGUACCUUAAGAACUACCUCAACCAAGUGUGUCCUGAGUGGCUGAAGAAGUAUAUAAACUAUGGGAGGAGCUCUCUGAUGAGAACAGAUCGUCCCUCAGUCUCCAUCCACCAGAAGUCUUCCUCCUCUCCAAUCAGCUGCUUUGCUACAGGUUUCUACCCCAACAGAGCAGAAAUGUUCUGGAGGAAAGAUGGAGCAGAGAUCCAUGAUGAUGUGGAGAAAGGAGAGAUCCUCCCUAACAAUGAUGGAACCUUCCAGAUGAACGUUGACCUGAAACUUCCAUCAUCUGAGGACUGGACCAAAUAUGAAUGUGUGUUUCAGCUCUCUGGUGAUAACAAUGACAUCAUCACUCCUCUGGACAAAACAGAGAUCGGGAUUAAUGGAGGUAAGACUUUAGUAUUUAUAUUUAUUAAAGGAUUUUAA